AUGGUUUCUGCAAGAUCAAAAGAUCCAAAACAAGGAGAACCUCCAUGGAAGACUACAUGGUUCUCAUCACCUAAGAGGUUAAAUGCAAUUGACCCGUCACCAGACAUUGGAAUUCUAGCUUUUGAUAAGGCUUUAUCUCUGAAGAAGAAAGUUUCGGCUGUGGAAGAUUCGUUGAAUGAGAAAGAAGGGAGGAGACCGGCUGUUGCUGCUCUAAUUAGAGAGGUUUUUGGAGGAUUUUCAACUUUACAGUGUGGGCCCAUUGGUCCCUCUGUAUCUGCGCUGAUGGGGUUUAAGCCGGAUUACCUCUGUACCAUUCUUGAUGAGGAUGUGAUUCAGAGAGCUACUUUCGCUUCUCUAGAGGAGCAUCUCCAGAUUGUUCUUCUCACUUGUGAAGAGAAAGUGAAGGCUUCGGAAGCAAGGUAUGCGGGUUUGGAAGAUUCCUCUGCUGCUCUUCGCCAAGAAUUGGAGAGUUUAAAGGAUGACUUGAGGGCUACCAAAGAUGAACUCCACCUGACUCAGGUUGAGAAGGCCAGUCUAGAGAAGAGGGUGGAGGAAUUAGGUGAUGUUUCUGCUCAGACUCAGGAAGAGAACAAAAAUUUGCUUAAAGAGAUGGAAGUCUUGCAGAAGGAUCGACACUUUUUAAUUACUAAGGGUAUUCCUUAUUUCUUUAAUGAGGGUGCAUCCGAUUCUGUUUUUCAAAGGCAACUUAAGAGGGUGUCGUACUACCAAAAGGCUGUCGGUGGGCAUGGGAUGGCGUUACACUACCAUCCCUCUUUUGAAGGUGUGAACUUGGAAGACAUGCUGGGUUAUGAUUCUGUCGCGGUUUCUAAGGCACAGGAAGCUAAGAAGGCUCUGCGCCACUUAAGCUUGGACUAUCAUAAGGUAUUGCCUGACAAUUCUCGGAAUCAUGCGUCUCUACUAAUGGGUAUUUGUGCGAAGCGGCUGUUACCUCAUCCGGAAGCUAGUACUUCCCGCACUGUAGUUGCUCAAGGAUCCUCUGGUACGGGAGAUAUAGAGGGAGAGGUUAACCAGGCAUGA